AUGUUCACCUUGCUUCAUGUAGCUGUACUUCUAGCCUAUUUUCCGUACGCUACACCAUCUUGGCAAGCGGAGGAAUUGGCUCUCUACGAUUUGGUUGAAGAAGUUCACAAUAAUUUCUACGAUAUUUAUGGCAUAUCAAAGGAUGCGUCGGUUGCGGAAAUCAAAAGGGCCUAUCGAAAGCUCAGCCUUGAAUGGCAUCCUGAUAGAAACAGCGCACCUGAUGCUUCCGAUAAGUUUAGACAGAUUGCCGCUAUAUACGAGGUCUUGAAAUCAGCUGAGCUAAGAGAGAAGUACAACAAUGUUCUGGAGUAUGGGUUACCUGAUUGGAGACAGCCUGUCUUCUACUACAGGAAAAUGCGGAAGCUUUCAUGGUAUGAGGCUCUUCUGGUUCUUAUUGGUGUGUCUUCAAUUGCACAUUACCUCAUGAUGUGGGCUGCUUACUAUGAAAAAUACUUGGUUUUAUCACAGAGCAUCAAGAAGUCUAGGAAACGUGAGAAGAAAAGUGAGCCUGAUGUUUCGGCGACUCAAUUACGGGAGGCGUUGGAGAUCUAUCGCCCACAGAUCUACAAUUUGCUACCUUUUCUUAUAGUUAAAGGAUCAUGGAGUACAUUUAUGUUCUUGAUAGCAGUUGCAAAGGAGUAUAUGACUCGCAGGGAAGUUCCCGACGAGGAAGAAAUUGUCGAAGCUCGUAAGCCGUCGACGACCCCUCGUGCUCCGGCUCCAGUGUUCAACUAUGAGGUUGCUACUGAUCUGAAACCAGUCAGCACCAACAAUCCCGAGUCAUAUGCCAAAUACAUGUCUGAACAGCUGGAAUCUAACAAAAGUCGGUAUCUUCUUGUCUCUACUUACAAAGUCGACACUUGGUUGGGAAGUCUUCUUAGUUUGUGGAUUCUUUUCGGCACUCCGAAUCGAUGGGAAUGCAUGGCUCGAGUACUUAAUCGGAGCGCUCAGGACAUAGUAACAAUGGCGGGAAAGUUAAAACACAUGAAGCAGAGAAGUGGGUUCGAUUCUGUUAUUUUCAUUCUUUUUUGGGAGGAAUAUGCAAAGCUAGCGGCCGGUCAGCAGUCCUCCAGUGUGUCGUCCAGUGUGAUGGAUGUACACAAUAUCAAGCAGACGGACAGCCCAAAUAAAGCAAUCCUAACGACUGAAUGGUCGCAGCUUGAACAGAAGCAGUUGGAGACUGCUCUCCAACAAUAUCCCAAAGGAUGUGAAGAUCGAUGGGACAAAAUUGCGAGCGCUGUGCCAACGAAGUCAAAAGAGCAGUGCCAACAAAGACUGAAGGAACUAGUAGAGUUGGUGAGACGUAAGAAAGCCAACGUUAAAAACAAGGAAUAG